UUGUUAUACAAGAAGACAGCUCCAAAAAGGAGUAUGAAGUAGUUGGACGUUUUCCAUUAGUUGAUCCUUGGUGGAGAAUUAAUGUUAAAGUUAAAAAGAUGGGGUCAAAGUACUUUACGCAAGGAUAUCCAUCGUAUUUUCUGCGGACUGAUAUAGAAGAAAACAACCGACAAGUCUUUUCACUCUUUCUGAAGGAAUGUGCUGUUCCUGAGGAUUUUAGAGAAAAGUUUUUUGCUUGGCUUCCUGUGGAGUCUAUGCUGAAUUUUGGAAACCUUGAAGGAAAACUAAACCAGUUCCAGGUUUCACAGUUACAGACAGGGGAGAAACCGAGAGACACCAAGGCUUAUGACAUCUUCUACUAUGUUUCAAAAUCAUUUGCAGGAAAGGUGGUAUUGGCAGCUCUGACUUUUCCGAUGAUACUGGAGUUCUUGCCAAUUCUUCUGCCACGCCAUUUUUGCUCUCUGUUGGAUAUGAUGUGUUGGCAGAGAAAAACUGAAGAAAACAAUAGUAUGGAUGGUGAGGAACUACAUUUUCAAGACAAGAUGCUAAUAAAAUUGGAUGAAAUAUUAAAGAACGAGCCAUGGAAACUUGGAUUCAGCGGGAUUACCUAUAGGGAACUGAACCUUUCUUACUGUGAGGCAACGUGGGCCGCCUUCUGUCACUGUGACCAUCUCCUCUGGAAGAUUCCUAACUUGCAGAAGAAUGCACUAAUUCUGUAUGAUCACCUCAAGAGGCAUUGUAGAGAAAUGGGACACACUUAUGAAGAUCAAGAUGAAUUGGCACGUUUUGUAUCUAAGGAUAUGUCCAUUGAGCAUGUUUGGCAAUCUCUUGAAUUUUUGAAAGAUCAAAAUGUAGUGAUUAGAGAGAAAAAACUAGUGUUCCUGCCUCAUCUUUACAAAUCUGAAAAAGACAUCGCUAUGUGUAUAGGUGACCUUCUGUCAAAUCACUCAUGGCAACUGGAUGUUGAUGUGAGAAAGAUACUUAGUGCCUCUGAGAUGUCAAGAGUAAUGGUAGAUAACAAAACAAAUGUUACCGAGGCUCAUGAAAUGGAACAUCUGAAGGAAAAUAGUCCAGACAAUAAGAAUUGUGAAAAUCACUUUCUUGAAAAGGAAAUUGGAUCUAUGUCUGGUACCGACAGGAAACCAGAGAUAGACUUAGAUCAGGUGAUGGCUGUGGAAAAGAUUUGUUCUAAUCCUGUCACAAUCAUAAGUGGAAAAGGAGGCUGUGGGAAGAGUACAAUAGUUAGUUGCCUUUUUCGUCACUUAAAGCACAUGGAAAAAGAAGUGGAAGAUGCUUCUAGGGACUUUGAAAAAGACCUAGGUGGAUCUGAGGAAUGGAAUACCUUUGAUCAUGAGUGGGAGUCAGAGAAUAUGUUCCCAAAAAAAUGUUUGAAUGUGCUAUUUACUGCACCUACAGGGAGGGCAGCAAGCCUUUUGCGUGAAAAGACUGAGCUUCCAGCAUAUACACUGCAUCAGAUCAUCUAUAGUUUUAAAUCUUGGAGGCAAACUGAACAAGUACAGCCAUGGAAGUUUUCUACUGUGACGAUUCUGGUUGUGGAUGAAGGAAGUUUGGUGUCUGUACCCAUACUUGCUUUAGUUUUAAAAAUCUUGUGUAAGCAUGCUCAGCUUGCCAAGCUUAUUAUUCUAGGUGAUACUAGACAGCUGCCGAGCAUACACCCAGGAAACAUGUUAGCUGAUGUCUUUGAGGGUCUAAAAUCAAGAGGCUUUUCUGUGGAACUGCAAACUAAUCACAGAGCUGAAUCGCAACUAAUCAUAGAUAAUGCAUCAAGAAUCUCUCAACGGAAGCUUCCUGAAUUUGACGAGGUGCUGAAAGUUCCUGGUCGGAAUGAGGAAAUGAUAAUGCCAAGCCCAGAGAAGAAAUUCAUUCUUAUUGCUUUGCCUCCUGGUGGGAGUUGUGACAAUUUGCAAAUUGCCAUAAAGGCUUUACUUGAAAAAGGACCAGGAUUGCAGGAUGCCAAACAAUCGCAGUUCAUUGCUUUCAGAAGGCAAGAUUGUGAUCUAAUAAAUGAACUUUGUUGCCUACACUAUUCGAAUCAUGUAACUAGAGAUCAUAAAAACCGACUUUUAUUUCAAAUUGAUGACAAGAUUUGCUGCACACAGAAUACGUAUCUCAGGGAUCUCUUGCCAGACCGUGGUUUGGGAGAGGAUCCUCGUCACCUUGAAUGCGAAAGUGGAGAAACCACCCUCACUACAGUAGAGCCUGCUGAGGAGGGCAAACGGCUGUGCAAUGGAGAUAUAUUUUUCAUAACAGAUGAUGUAGAAAUUCAGAAAGAGCGCUUUUUGACCAUCAGCAGCACAUACGGCUCUACUUUCACUGUGAAGUAUGCAGCACUGAAGAAGCUAUGUCGCAUAAAGCAUGCGUGGGCCAGAACUAUUCACACAUUUCAGGUAAAAGAAAAAAGAAGCUAUGAGCUGAUUUAUAUUGCUAAUGCACUCUAUUUGCAGCUAAUAUUCCUUGAAUGCAGGUGUGGUGGUUUGGCCCUGAUUGGAGGCCAGGAGCUCACCAAAGCCUCACCCUUUUAG